UUGGGUUUAAUUUAUUUAAAACUACUUUUUGCUUUAAUCAUUUAUCCCGAGAUUUUUAAUAUUGAUUUUCUUCUUACAAAGAAAUCAUUCAAAUGAUUAUAAUUUGUGUAUAAUCAUAAUCAAAUAUAUAUUAUUUAUAUAGACAGCAACCAACGUAAUUUUAUAUCUUAUUCAUAAAAAAUGGUAUGUGACGGCCCAGAUCCACCUGACGACUCUCCACAAAACUUAAUACCUCCUCCUAGACACGAUUUGAUGGCCAAUGGUAAUCACGAAGACAGUGAUGAUGAACAUAAUGAUCAUUUUGGUUACGAGCCCUUGCCACAAGGUCCUGAAUUAGUACUUUCGGAUCGAGAAAGUGAAGAGGAACCAGAUAGCAAUGAGCACAAUGCAACUCCACCUAGCAAUGUACCACCUAUAGAGCCAAUGGAAAAUGCUUUAACGAGAGAAGUUUGGAGUGAGCCUCGCCACAGUGAUCCAAUUGAAAUGGAUAAUGCGAGAGCACAGCAGGUCAUGUCAUUGAUGGCCAACUUUGCAUUACCUCAAGAUUCCAUACCAGAUUGGGCACAGAGUAUUUCAGAAGAACAGUGGAAACAGACUCUUAAUGACAGGAUAGAAAAGCUACGCAGCAAUAGCUGAUCUACUCAAUAUUCCAAUAGUUGCUGCAACUGCUUCUGUUCCAUAUUCUGUAAAGCACAAAGUAACAUCAGUUAUAGUAAAUGAAACACAAAGAUAAUAAAUGGUGAUUGCAGAUUUUAAUUCAGACAAUAACCAUUGAUUCUGCCAUGUGUACCAAAUUUUUGAAAGAAGCACCCAACUUUUUUGUACCUUUAUUUAUAUACUUUUUUUGUAUCUAAUAUCUAAUGUAAUAUUGUUUGCUUGUAAGCAAACAGAAUUAUCUAAAAAGUUUUUUUAAGACAGACAAUGAAUCAAAAAAUAUUUUAAUGUAUGUGUCUGUAUUUAUGUUAUGUUUAAAUAUAAUUUUGUUUUAAGCUAUACAGUGAUAACUUUGAAAUCAUUAGCAUCUUUUUAAAAUAAUAAUCCUCUAUACUAAAUUCUUUUGAAUGGAAAUAACAACAAUGCUAAUGCAGAAAGUACAAUUUUGAGAAAAUUUAAACCCUUUGAUUAUGGUUUCAAAUAAAUAACAAGAUGUAAAAAUUGGUACCAUAAAAACUUUAAGUAUCAAAAUUGUUCAAACAUAGUAUACAAAAUUGUGCCUCCUACAACGUAUACUGAAUAAAACAAAUAAAUGGCACCUUCAUAGACAAGGCUAUGCCACACCUAAGGUCGCGCCUUAAAGGCCUAUCUCGCGAUAAAUUAAGUUCACUUGAGUAUAACAUUCAGGCUUUUCGUUUUUAGCUGAUGAAGACUGGAUGAGCCUAUAAUGAUAGGAGUCAUGAGUUCAAAUUUCCAACCUGAUUUAAAAUUUAAUAUUUAAGUGAAACCAUUUAAAAUUAAUUAUUGUUUUUAAUGCUUUAUUUUGUCCAUAAUUAUUUUACUAAGCUAUUUUUCAUGUAAUAAGCCGGUAAAUUGUAAAAGGAAUGUUGAUAUAAGAAAAGACGUUAUUGUUAACUGUCAGCUGUUUUUAGUGCAAAAGCGUGUGUCGCAAGGUCAAGGUCACGCGCGUCAACUCUUUAUUAAUGAAAAACUUUAAAGUUUAGUCCUUUUUUUAUAAGAACUGACUUCGUAGAGUUUUUAAAACCGACUUAUGUCGAUUAUUUGUUUGGGAGUGUGUAUAUGAUUCUUUAAAUAUUAUAAUAAUUAUUUAGAGUCGAUACAGAAUCAUUUUCAGUCAGUUCACAAUCGUGUUUUGUAUUCUUUAAAUAACACGACUAGCUAUACUUUGCUCACUUAUUAUUUAUUUGGAUUUUUGACGUGAUUAAACUAUAAAAUAAUUUAGAAUAGUUUCAAAUAUUCAGUAACGUAAGUAGAACAAUAAGGCUUAAUGAAUGCUAAUGAUUUUAAAUUCUCAUUCCUGUGUACAAUAUUCUAUAUUUAUAAAAUGCAAAACUUAUUCUUGUAUGUUUACUGUCUGAUUCAAAUGUAGGUGUACAAAUAUACAGUGUUAUCUCAUACUGAUUAACAUUUAUAAAACGUUUAUAUUCAUUAACGACGUCUAUAUAACACCUUUUACAUUGAUUUAACGAUGAAACGAUCUGUUAGAACGGUUGAUAAAAUUUGGUCAUCUUCCUAAGUGCUAAUUGUACACACAAAAACUAUUCUCAAAGACUUUUAGAAUAGUUUUAGUGGAAGAAUAAAUAAUGUACGCUAUUAUAUUAUCGGGAUUAUCAUUUUUGUAGAGUAAAAAAAAAUGUUCAUAGUAAUUUGUAAUUUUGUCUAUGUAAGUGGAUGCAUAAAAAGGGCUUUGGUAUAUAUAAUAGUUUUUUUUUUAAAUCUCUACGUUUCUUAUUAUGUGUCGUAUUAUGAGUCACAUCCAGUUUCUGAAAAGCCGAUCACCCAUUGGUCGAUGGCAGCCAUCAAAACAAUACGCGACCAAUAGGUGUUCAGUAUUAAGUCAGAUUAGUCAAUCUGACUUUGACAUUUUAGAAACUGCCUGUUAAUUUUAUGGAACAGAUGUAAUUAAAAAAAAAUGUUAACUUUACUAAUAAGUGAAAUAAAGAGAUAUGUAUGUACAAUAUUAAA